AUGUCUGCCCAGGAAGCGCAGCCCUCUCUACCAGUCGCCAUAGUUGGUAUUGCUGCUGAAUUCCCUGGUGGAGCUAGUCAUAAUCACAACCUCAGUUACAAGUCAUUUGCUCAGUUUCUUUUGGAUGGUCAGGAGGCGUAUGGAAGGAUACCGGCAGACCGUUUCAACAUUGAAAGCAUUCGGGGACAUGCCACUGGUCAGGUACUGACUGAUACGGGAGCAUUCCUGAAGGAGAUCGAUCUCUUUGACUACCUUGAAUUUGGCAUCACGGGGAAGGAUGCUCGUUUGAUGCCAGUUGGGACUCGCAAGCUCGUCGAAUUGGCUUUCCUCAGCUUGCUCGACUCUGGUAUCGAUUAUAGAGGGCAAAAUGUGGGGUGCUAUAUGUCAGGCUCGGCGCAGGACAUAUUCUCUGUCUCUGGACAUAAUGACAGUGAAGCCCGUGGCUCGUUCGCCUAUGCGCCAGCGAUGGUUGCAAAUCGCGUGUCCUACCACCUGGACCUCCGAGGGCCUUCUAUUCCUCUUGACACCGCAUGUAGCUCUACCCUCACUGCCACGCAUGUCGCCGUACAAGCCCUCCGGAAUGGUGAAUGUGACGCGGCCGUAGUUGGAGGGUGUCAGAUCAAUCAUCGGUUCUCGGAGUGGCUACUCUAUACACAAGGAGGAAUUUUGUCUCCGGAUGGCAAAUGCAAACCAUUUGAUGCCUCAGCAGAUGGGUUUGGUCGUGGAGAGGGCGGAGCAGUGAUAGUUUUGAAGCCUCUGCCAGCGGCACUGCGUGACAAUGAUCGUGUGUAUGGGGUGAUUCUAGGAACCGGAAUCAAUUCGAGUGGAUCUUUAGCGCCUGUCAACGCGCCCGUUGCGUUGGCUCAACAGGAUGCCAUGGUCCGGGCGUUUGCCCAGGCUCAGCGCUCGCCGAAAGAAGUUGACUUCAUCGAACUUCAUGCAACAGGCACGGCGCAGGGAGAUCCUACGGAAGCAAAUUGGAUAGGCUCACAGUUCAAGCGAGAUGGGGAGCUUCUGAUUGGUAGUGUGAAAGGUAAUAUUGGCCACACGGAAAUAACAGCCUUUCUCGCCUCCCUCUGCAAAGUCUGUUCCAUAUUUGAGACUGGCGUUAUUCCGCCGAAUGUCAACUUCAAAGUCCCAAAUCCUGCUAUCAAAUGGAAAGAAUAUGCAUUUCGUGUCCCUGUCCAACCGGAGCUGAUAACAUGCCGUUCGUCAACGCGUCGGCCUCUCAUCGCGAUGACGAGUUCCGGCAUCGGGGGGGCAAACGGCCAUUGCAUCGUCGAAGGUCCUCCAUCUAUCGCACCUACUCCAUCGCGAUUCUGGGUCCAAAGUGAUGCACGCUCAUCAACCCCAUCCUUGUUGAUUGCUGCAGGUCUUUCUCCGCGUUCCGCGAGUACGGUUGGAGAGGCACUCAAGAGCAAGUUUGAUACGUCGACAGAGACAUGGCAGUCGCUCUCGCGCGCACUUGGACGGCGGUCUCGUUCGAUGACCUGGCGAUCGUACGCAGUCGCGCGGGACGGACAGAUCUCGCGCUUUAGUGAGCCUUCACUCGCGCCUAAGACCGCUGCGCCGCUUGUAUUCGUAUUUUCGGGACAGGGUCCACAGCAUUGGAACAUGGGGCGUGAGCUUUUCAAGACGUGCGCACCGUUCCGCACCACUGUCCUUGACCUCGACCAGGUCCAUAUCUCCGCGACAGGAAAGAGCUUGAUCUCCGACCUUGGGCUGUUCGGCGAAACACCGAUUGCCGACGCGCUGGGCGCAGUGUGGCCGAUCGCGGUCACCCUUCCUGCAUUGACUGUACUUCAAAUUGCCCUCGUUGACGCGCUCGCUGAGUUGGGCGUCAAGCCCGAUGUUGUGUUAGGACAUUCGGCAGGAGAGACUGCCGUGCUGUAUGGGUCCGGCGCAGGUGGCAAGGCGCUCGCGGUGGAACUAGCCAUCGCUAGAGGGAAAGCCAUGUCGCUGCUUGAAAGCGAGAACGGAACUAUGGCCGCACUCGCGUGCUCGCCCGAACAGGCGCGGCAGAUUAUCACUGAAGUUGCCGGAGAAAUCGGACGUGCAGAUCUGGAGGUAGGAUGCUACAACACUCCUGAGGCAGUGACGCUCUCGGGUUUGGCGCCCCACAUCGACAAGGCUGUUACAUGCGCAAAGGCGAAAGGCAUGUUCGCGACUCGUCUUCGGACGCGUAUCCCUGUCCAUUCUGCGAUGAUGGAGAUUUGCCGGGAAGAAUACCAGAGACUCGCGACAGAGGUUUUCUCCAGAUACUCUGUCGUCAAACCUACCGUAGAGGUGUUUUCGACAUUGACUGGGGAGUGUUUCGACGGCAUAUUCGAUGCUCAGUAUUUCUGGGACAACACACGAGGGCCUGUCAUGUUCACUUCCGCCAUGCAAGCUGUCGCGGCAAAAUAUCCGAACUCAAUGUUCCUCGAGCUCGGCCCUCAUCCCGUCCUCACCAGCUAUAUUGCAGCAAUAGCUGGGAACAGUUCGAGUGUCAUCUGCCCUUUGAGAAGGGCCAAGUCGACAGAAGUAGACGUUGAGAUCUUGGAAUUCAUGGGGGCGCUCGGCAAGUUAACUGUUGCUGGUCACCGCUGCGUCGACUUCGACAUCCUUUGCGGCACAUCUUGCCCCGUUGACGAUCCCGUCCUCUCGUUCCCUUUCUCGAAGAGAGAGGUACCUUAUGCGGCAUCUACAUUUGAGAUUACGAGGCAGAGGCAACAUCGUAACGGACCGCUGAACUAUCCCCAGUUACAAGUGAACACGAAGACACACCCGUGCUUGGCCGAGCAUAUAAUCAAGGACGAACCGAUAAUGCCCGCGGCUGGCUACAUCGAGAUGGCUCUUGAGUUUGGGGCAAAACGCUUGUAUGAUGUAGAAUUCCAUUCCAUCCUCGCACUUUCUUCAGAACGACCUGCGCCAGUCGAUAUCAAGCUCGAGGGAUCACAUUGGAGCGUGCGGAGCGCGUCAGCGAUGGACUUCGCACAGACAUGGCCACCUCAGGUGACGAUUCUUUCCGUGAUCAUUCGCUAUCGACUCUCACAGCGUUUCCAGUACAACCGGAUUCACGCGAGCGGGCAUCUAUCAAUGUCGGCUGAAGUAGAUUUUGAUUCGUCUCCUCUGCGUCUAGAUGAGAUACGCGCUCGUCUUAGGAUCUUUGAUAUGAAGGGGUUCUAUGAUGGGUUUACGAGCUUCGCACAAUACGGGCCAACGUACCAACGAAUUAUAUCGUGGGGUCGUGGUUACGAUCAUUUGGGCCGCGAGGAAGUUUUGGUUCAAUUGAGAGGAGCGGACGAUGACCUUCCGGACAUUGAUGACUUCAUCUUUCACCCGGCAGUACUCGACUCCGCGCUGCAUAUCCUAGUGCACCCUGCUCUUACCGGUAAUCGUGAUGAAACGCAAUACUACCUUCCGUCCAAGGUUGGAUCAUUUGCCGUUCACGAUGCUCUGCAAAGGAAGCCAUUCCCGCGGAUGAUUUAUACUCACGCUACAUUCGUCAAAUGGUCGCCAGAACGCCUCGUGUAUGAUUUCACUGUUACCGACGAGAAUGGUAUUCGACUUUGCACUAUUCAUGAACUCGAGAUCGCACUGCACGGACAUACUCUCCGAACUCUCAAAGGUCGCUUCGAGCUAGUUCAUCAGCAAGCUGAUUUUUGUGUCGCUCGUCCUGAACAUACGCAGCUGCCCACGCCGAAUGGUUCAGUAGGAACUCACGAUAAGCGCCUCCUUCCAAAUGUGACGCGCCUGGACAAGUCUACUUUUGCGAUUGAGUAUAAGCGGGGUUUCGAAAUUGACCUUCAAAAAUUGAUCACCAGUCUGGAUUCUAUGACGCCCGUAGCCUUGUGGUUCAUUUCGUCAGAAGGUCUUGAUGGUGACGCGUCUCUUGGAUUCACGAGGUCGCUAAGGAGGGAAUAUCUUUCCUGGCUCGUCCGAUCCGUCGUAUUCGACAAUACCUGGACUGGCGACGAGCGCAUUCAAGUCAUUGGAACUCUGAUGUCAGAGGAUAGGUGUGAAGACGAAAUAUCAGUGCGCUCAGAUGGAUCCAUCUUCGUUCCUAGGAUUGUCGAAGCUGCUGCUCCGCCAACUUCGUCGGUGUUCAACCCCGACAAACCUUGGAAAUACGAACAAUCAAUGCUCAAGCAAAUCUCGCUUCCGGAUGUUCCCGAUGAUCAUGUUCUUGUCCGUGUCACUGGAUUCAUUUCCUCAGCUGGGCGUUUAUGGGCCUUCAUUGGACAUGUCGAUGGAGUCUCAAAUCUGGUUGCUGGCAUUACUUCCGGAGACCUUACGACUGCUGUCGUCGCCCACAUUGGAAGCGUGGUGCACUUGUCCUCUCUCGACACAAAAUUUGUACCCGAUUUAUUAGCGUGCGUAAUCGCGGGUCUAGCUGUGGGGCCCGCUUCGUUUAUGCAACCACAUCGUCUCAAGAAAACUCAAAUCAUAGUUACCCACUCAGACAUGGAACUCGGAAGUCGUAUAGUGGAAAUUUUCCAGCAACUGGGUCUCCAAGUUUCAGCGUUAUCUUCUCGGGCACUGGUGCCCGAGGUCAAGCACGCCUUGUCUAAUGAUUCCAGCCUUGUCGUCGUCGGAUCUUCCGCAUCUUCGGAAACUCAUAUUGCAGAUACUUUCCUACGCUCGAAGUCUUCCCGCAUUUUCGUCUGGCAUGAUUCCACGUGCGGCGUGGAGAGAACUUUAGAAGAUGACCCAUGGGCUGUAGGGGAUGUCCUCCGCUUUGCACUCUCAAAGUGCCUGGAGCCUUCGGUGCCUGUUGUGCCACCUCUGCAGCUAGUUGAUGAUCCUCUCUCCGCUGAGGUUCCAAACGCUUCCAAUCUUUUCGACAGCGCCAAGUCCUAUCUACUAAUCGGAGGUAUAGGUAGUCUUGGACUGCAAAUUGCACUUUGGAUGUACAAGAAUGGUGCAAGAGAUAUCGUGUUGACAUCGCGGUCGGGGCUAGAGAGUCUGAUUAAAAAGGGAGAAUUCGUCUCGCAGCGUCUCCUUGCCUAUCUUCAGAUGCUCCCCGGUCUUACGUUAAGGACGGAAGCCGUUGACGCCUUAUCCAUCGACGCCAUGCGCAGCCUGCUUGACACACUGGUGAAACCUUUGGGUGGAUGCAUGUUCCUCACUGCCAUCUUGAUAGACCGCACGUUCGCAAUGCAAACUGAAGAAACGUUUGAAGCAUCAGUGGCUUGCAAGGUUGAUGCAUUCCGGACUCUGGAGGAGAUUGUUGACAUCGAUUCCCUGGACUUUGUAAUCGCCACGUCUUCCGUCUGCGGAUUGUUCGGAAACGCGGGGCAGACCAACUAUGCUUGUGGAAAUACAGGAUUGACGGGUCUAACUCGCAGGUACCGCAAAGCCAUGACGGUGGUCUCGCCCUUCAUUAUUGACACAGGUCUGCAUGUGUCAAUAUCAACGUCGGAUAUGCUAUACUGGACACGAUUCAAGCACCUCCAUAGUUGGGGUAUGACGGGAACUGAGCUCUGUGAGUAUCUUGGAGAUGCGCUUCGGAAAUUACAGGAAGGCAAUACUUGGCAAUACAUUCCGGCCUUUGACUGGAAUGUUGUACGCAAGAACCUGGGCCCUUCUCCGCUGUAUGACCAUCUGACAGCAGAGGAUCAAGCAGAAGAUGUCUCCGGCACCGAUGCUUCGGCCGAUUCCAUCAAAGACAUCAUCUGCAGGAUGCUCGAUAUCUCUCCAGAAGAUCUCUCCCGCGAAGUUCCACUGACGACGUAUGGCCUCGACUCUCUGUCGGCUGCUGCACUGUCACAUGCCCUUCGUCCGAUACUCAUCGUUUCGCAGAUCCAGCUCCUUGCAGAUCUCACCCUCGCCAAUCUGGAAGACCAGCUCGCCGACACUCACGAUGAUGACACUUCUGCUGGAGACGGUUCAGGCAAAGAUGAUGCGAUUGUCAAGGCGAAGGGGCAAGAGAUGGUCCGAAUGGUCGAGAAAUACACCGCCGGUCUUCGUGCGCUAGAAGUACGAUACGAUCAGCGUCAAGAUGCUGCAGCAACACCCCCGGUUGUUUUGAUCACAGGAACAACUGGAAGUUUGGGUGCGCACAUGCUGGCUCGCUUCGUGCGCGAGUCCAAGUUUGAGAAAAUCUACGUGCUCAUACGCAAAGGCACUGAUAGCGACUCUGUUGUGGACCGUCAGAGAAUGGCGUUCGUUUCUCGAGGACUGGAUGUAUCUUUGUUGUUGUCGAAGCGCGUCUCUGUGAUAGAAGGUGAUCUGGACGCGUCUUCAUUCGGGCUGUCUGCGGAACUUCAAAAAAGAAUCUCCACAUCUGUUACGCACAUAGUCCAUUUGGCUUGGCCUAUCAACUUCGGACUACAGCUUUCAACCUUCGAGUCUGCAAUCCACGGCCUUCGCUUGCUUAUUGAGUUCGCGGCGACUUUCCAGACUCGCGUGAAAUUCGUAUUUGCUAGCACAGCGGGAGUGUUUAGGCGUCUUGAAGUUGCUGAUCGUGCAGAGGAAAUAGAGAUAGAAGACCCCGUCGUUGCUAUUGGAGCCGGAUACAGCGAGUCAAAAUGGGUUGGCGAACGUCUCUUGAGUGCAGCCGCUCAGCGACGUAUUAUCGAUCUCACUAUUGUGCGCGUCGGACAGCUCAGUGGUGGUAUCAACGGUGCGUGGAGAAUAGCCGAAUGGGUGCCAUCCCUCAUUUCUACGAGCCUUGCUCUCGGUUGCUUGCCUGAUGGACAAAGUAAUAUCUCGUGGCUUCCUGUUGACUAUGCAGCAGCAACCAUGAUCGACUUCAUGGCUUCGUCACAGCCGGUGCUGCACCUCCGCCAUCCGCGCGGCGUUUCUUGGACGGAACUCAUGGAACACUUCGGAGCUGCAUUGAAACUGCCUCUGGUCACAUAUUCCGACUGGUUCACCAGGCUCGACCACGGUCUGUUAUCGACGUACGACGACAACCGAGUGCAGCUUCUGGAACCUGGACUGCGUCUGCUCGAAUUUUUCCGGCUUCCGUUUGACAUCAAUGAUCCCAAGCCGGAUAUCAUGGUGAAGCUGGUUCGUGAUACAGCCAUCGACAAAGGUCUAGCGGCCUCUCCUGCGUUGCGUGACACCAGUUUACUUGGCCUUGGUCGUCAAGACGUGGACAAGUGGCUAAAGUAUUGGAGAAGCGUCGGAUUCUUGCCCAGGUGCUGA